GCGGAGGAGAGGAAGGGGCGGGGGGGAGCCGGGGAGGCGCUCGGUCGCCGUCAGUGGGCAGCGGAGACGCGGCAUGCCCCUGGCGGGGGAGAGCGGGCUGUCCUCCGCAGGGCCAUGGGGACCCGCGCGCUGACGGUGCCUGGGUGAGAGGAGCAGCGCCAGCCACCCUCCGCCUCCACCGUCACCUCCUGCACCCAGCGCGCCGCCGGCCGGCGGCCCCAGCCUCCUCCGACCGCCUCCCUCGCCCUCUCUCUCCUCUCGGUCUGCAUCAUUGUUUCCCACUCGACAGAGGAUGGGGUCGGCUGACGAUUAGGUCGGAAGCAAGUCAGGUCUUCCUCCAAAGCCUGGUAAUAUUUAUGUAGGCAAAAAGCGAGCGAGAGGAGAGAGGGCGAGGGCGAGAGGGCGCGAGAGAAGAGACGGGAGGAGGGGAUAAGGAAAUUAAACCUUUAAGUCCAUGCAUGUUGUGGUGACACCGGCACAGGCGCCCUCACGGUGGAGUCGGCCAGGGCUGUGCGUUCCCAAAAUAUGACCAGGGGUGCUUGGAUGUGUCGGCAGUAUGACGACGGCUUAAAAAUCUGGUUGGCAGCACCCCGGGAGAACGAGAAACCGUUCACCGAUUCAGAGAGGGCUCAGAAAUGGCGACUGUCUCUGGCAUCUCUCUUGUUUUUCACAGUCCUGCUCUCUGAUCACUUGUGGUUCUGCGCCGAGGCCAAGCUGACCCGGGCCCGGGACAAGGAGCAGCGGCAGCGGCAGCGGCAGCGGCAGCGGCAGCAAGAGCCCGCCUGGCCCGCGCUCCUGGCGAGCAUGGGGGAGCCCUCGCCCGCCGCCCGGGCGCACAGACUCCUCUCCGCCCCCUCGUCCCCCACCCUGCCCCCCUCCCCGGGAGACGGCGGCGGCGGCGGCCAGGGCGACCGCGGCACCAGCAACCGGAGCGAGGCUCUGUUUCUAGGAAACUCUGCCAAACCCGCGUGGCGCCUGGAGACUUGUUACCCCCAGGGCGCCUCCUCGGGCCAGUGCUUCACGGUGCAGAGCGCGGAGGCCGUGUGCGCCAGGAACUGGAGUCGGGGGGCGGCCGGGGGGGAGGAGCAGCAGGCGAGGGGGACGCGUCCAACCCCGCUCUGGAACUUGUCGGAUUUUUACCUUUCGUUUUGUAAUUCCUACACACUUUGGGAGUUGUUCUCCGGGUUGUCCAGUCCCAACACUUUGAACUGCAGUCUGGAUGUGGUGCUCAAGGAGGGCGGCGAGAUGACCACUUGCAGGCAGUGCGUCGAGGCUUACCAGGACUACGACCACCACGCUCAGGAGAAAUACGAAGAGUUUGAAAGCGUGCUCCAUAAAUAUUUACAGUCGGAGGAGUACUCGGUGAAAUCCUGUCCUGAAGACUGUAAGAUUGUCUACAAAGCCUGGCUGUGUUCCCAGUACUUUGAAGUGGCACAGUUUAACUGCAGAAAGACAAUUCCUUGCAAGCAGUACUGUUUGGAGGUUCAGACGAGGUGUCCGUUUAUAUUGCCCGACAACGACGACGUCAUCUACGGGGGACUCUCCAGUUUCAUCUGCACAGGGCUCUACGAAACCUUCCUCACCACCAAGGAACCAGAAUGCUGUGAUGUCAGGGGAGAAGAGCGCGCUGACAGCCCAUCCGAAGGGGCGGUGGGAAGGGGGGGCUCCUGCCGCAGGACGUCGCCCACAGUUUCAUCAGCAACAAGACUGGGCAGCAGACUCAGGCUCUGUGUCCUCGUACUGAUUCUCCUGCAUACGGUCCUCACGGCCUCGGCGGCGCACAACACCACGGCGCUGAGCCUCGGGGGCAUCAACACGCUGGACGAGGGCUCGGCCCGUGAGGAGUAGGCGCGGCGCCCUGGGCAGCCGCUGCCCCCCUCCACCCGCCCCGCCAGCACCCAGCCGCGCCAGGCCCAGCAGACUGGGUGCCUCUGCCCUCCAGUCCCUUCCUGCAAGGCCUUUGGGGUAAAAUCGAAGAAGAUGGGCCUGAAUCCAAACAAGGACACAAAUGCAGCCUUUCGUGGACUAAAAAGGCUGUAAAGUGACUUAAAUUUCUCACACCAUUUUAUACACUGUGUUUUAAUGUUUGGAGGUUUUAUUUGCUUUCGUUUUGACUUGGGUUUGUUUGUUUGUUUAUUUUUUGCACUUGUUGAUACAGGAUUUAUUUCGGGGGAUGGUUUCUCAGAGGUAAACUAAGUCUUUUCACUGUCUCUCUCUCUGUAUAUAUUUCUAGUCAUUGUGUGUGUUCAUCAGGUAGUUCUGUCUCUGUCCUGUCAGUUUCUAUUAGAGGAAUGAUUGCUAUGGCCUCACGCUAUGGCAAAAAUAUGAAGACAAAAAAAAAAAAUCAUAAAAAACAAAAAAGCCAAAAAAAAAAGAAAACAACAACAAAAAGAAUAAAAAAAUUCCCUAGCCCUCCCUCCUCCCUGCGGACCCCACAGCCCCCGCCCGCCCUCCCCGGCGCCCCCCGCCCGAGCAGACACCACCGCUUGCUUCUGUCCGUGCAGCCUCCCUGGCUGGGCGUGCACGCUCCGGGGGGCCUCCGAGCCGCCGUCACAAACCCGCAACGGAGCAGAGCGAGGGGGCCCCCUUUUUAGCUGAACAAACAGUGCUCUCCAUAAUAGGUGGAUCAGGCAGUUAACACAUUUUCAUGUUGAAAACUAAAUAAAAGUAAAGAAAACUACCAUGAGCUUCGUUGCUCCAGCUCUCAUGCCCCGAGGCCCAGUCCUUCUUUGCUGGCCAGGUGGCUGGAGUCAAGAUGCGGGCGCUUAGGAAGUCCUUCCUUGGAGACAGGUGGGCUGUCAUUACAAUUUCAGUUCUGCCGCAGUAACACACGGGAGCACCUUCCGGCCAUUGCAAUGGGAGCACAGACCCUGGGGACGCAGAUCUGGGUUUCUUUUCCACCUUUAUUGUCGUGGAGCAAUGGUAGAGAUGCCAACACCUUCAGUAGCCAGAAUAUAUUCCAUUUUAUCCCACUGUUUCCCCCAACAGAUGGUUUUAAAUUAAUCCAGAUAAAGUUAUGCAAUUCUGCAUUAUCGCAAAAGAAGAACUUGUUUAAAAAGAAGGAGGGUGGCCAUUUUCAUUCAAGUGCAAAAACGUUACCACUCUGCCGUGCUCCAGAUAGUUAAAGAACAGAGGAGAAAUCUGGUAUCUGUUUGCAUUUUUUUCUUUCUGUGGGAACAUUUCACCCGCUGAGCGCAUAUGAAUUUGCUUUCUCAAAAAGGCUUUUAUGAGUUUACAGUAGAAUCAGUGGAAGGAAGAGUUAAUAAGGGCUGUUUUUAAAAAAAAAACAAAACAAAUAAUUUAAAAAAACCACUUUGCAUUCCUUCCUAUUCUUUACACUUGGGAAGUGCACUUUAGAUAUGUUUGCUGUGUAACUGGGAGAUGAAGGAAAACCAUAGAAAAGGUCCUCUUAGCGAACAAAAUUUAGUUACUAACUUUAUAGCUAUGAAAUUCCCCAAGGCAUCAGUUUUUGUUCAAACAAUCUUUAAUCUCUGCAUCAUACUUAACCCUGCGACAUGCGUUACAGUAUGCAUAUUUUGUUUUGAAUAAAAAAAUGUUUUGUUCCAGUCUGUUAAGAAUAUUCAAAAAAUAAUAAAGGUAUUGCUUAAUAAAAUUGCUAGAAUUGUUUAGCAGUACAUGCACAAAUAUUUUACUUGAUUCUUUGUUUUAAUAGUGUUUUGUUGAGACUGGAAAAUCCUAAAAUGGUCUGCGCAAAUACAAAAAACACCAAAAAU